CCUCAAAGAACUCAUUUUAUCACAUCAUGUCUACAAACUCGGAAAAGCCUGUCAUCGCCAUCGUCCAAGGCGCAUGGCAUCGCGCAAGCCAUUACCAAAACCUCGUGCAGUCGCUUACCAACAAGGGCUUCACAGUUCUCCAACCUGACAACGUCACAGCUGGCAAAGCUGAAGACAUCAAGGGCAAAACUCACUUGGACGACGUCGAAGCUAUUCGCAAGUCUCUUCAGCCGGCCCUUGACGAAGGCAAGCGGAUCGUCUUGGUCUGCCAUAGCUACGGAGGCAUCCCAGGCUCCGCCGCCGUUGAAGGCUACCAGGUUCACGAACAAGAGGCCAAGGGAUUGUCUGGCGGUGUUUCGCAUGUUGUCUAUAUCGCGGCGUUUGCUCUUCCUGUGAAGGGCCUUUCACUUCUGACUGCUGCCGGAGGCCAGCAUGGUCCCUUUCUCGAUAGGACAGAAGAGGUUUGCUACCUAAACGACAAAGCACAAAACGCCUUCUACAACGAUUGCAUCCCCGAGGUAGCAGAGAACGCAAUCGGCGAAUGUGUCAAUCACAGCACCGCAUCUCUCGAAACACCAGCCGACUUUGUCGCGACGGAUAUCACUGUGCCUAAGACGUAUGUUGUCUGUGAGAUUGAUAACACGGUUCCUGUGCAGGGACAGUUGGCUAUGGUUGGUGCUAUGGGAGAUGCUGUCAAUGUGGAGAAGAUAGAGGCUGGGCAUUGUCCAUUUUUGAAUGAGAAGACUCUGCCUAAGGUUGUGGAGAUUAUUGAGAAGGCUGCGCAGUAAACAUGGAUUGAAGCGGAUCAGGAAGAAUGAGAGGGGCUCAGAGGCAGGAUUUAAGACA